CACAAAAACUCAAUAACAACAACAACUAAAAGGACUUCACGCUGCUCGUUAACUACAGCAAAAGUAUGUUUUGGCCAACACUUGAUAGACAACUGGCCAAGCCGAGCGGCAUAUUUCAAAUGCUAUCAAAAAUAGAAACGACGUUCAUCAAAUAAUCAAACUCCAUUUGGCAUUGUUUACAGCAACAAGUUAGCUGCGUAAAGUGGGAAGCUCCAUCAAAUUGAUUUGAAUCGAAAAUGGGCAUAACGCGCAUACUGGCUGUGUGAAUUUAUAUAACAGUUUGCAAUGCAGAAGGAUGGGAACAGUGGUCAACAGAUAAAUUCGGAAAGAAAUUUAUUCAAAAUUUUCUGUUGGAGCUGGACAUGAACUGCCGAAAUUGUUCAGUGAAAGAGACGAUACUAUUGCUAUUAAUACUUUUGGAUCCAAUAUUAUCUGAAAAUCGAGUUAAACGGCUGUCAACGCCUGACUUCUUUAAGAAUCAAACACUAGAGAUGGCCAAAUAUGUGAUAUCGAUACGUUCAAGGAUACCGGAGAGAUAUUAUGGCGAUAAUCAUUAUUGUGGUGGUGCGAUAGUAGCACCCAGAUUCGUCUUGACAGCUGCACAUUGCGUCAUGGAUAAGAGCAAAUUUAAAUAUCCAAGUCGUACGAUCAUGGUGGUAGCCGGCACACCAAACCGUCUGAAGUUCAUCGAUAACAAAUCUGUGAAUUUGCCAGUUAAGCAGAUAUUUGUACCGAUCAAUUUCACCAGCCAAAAUACGAACAAUAUUGCCCUACUUAAAUUAACCGAAGCAUGGCCCACAACAAAUCCAGGCGUUGCCAUUAUAUCGAUACCCAAUGAGAAUCCCACUGUCAAUUCAAGCUAUUUUUUAUUGGGCUGGGGUCGAAUGUAUAAGGGUGGACCAUUAUCAUCGCUCAUUUUGCAAAUCAAUGUUACCAUAUUUGAUACGGCCACCUGCAAAUCGAUGCUGAGAACCUUCAAAGAGGAAAUGCUAUGCGGCAUGAAUGAGGACCCCACCAUCCAUCAGAGUCCCUGUCAGGGUGACGAAGGUGCCCCACUGAUCAGGAAUAAUGUCGUCUAUGGUAUUACCACCUAUCGUUUGGGCUGUGCCAGACCCACUCUGCCAUCGGUCUAUACGAAUGUCUAUUAUCAUAAAGACUGGAUCAACAGUAUAAUAAGUGCUGCAGACUGGCAAUGCAUUCCAGAGAUCGUCCUGCUUUCACUGUCUGUGCUAGUAUUUUAAAUUUAUGUAGUCACUGUAAAUAUAUUGAAU